AUGUUUGAGUUGGUCCUGCACCAUUUUUACAAACUGCAGAACACAUGGCUUUCCCACGGCCUCAAAGCUAGCAGACUCCAGUCAAAGUUGGCGAAGCAGAAAGAUGUGGAAGCGUCUCGAUCCCGCCUUUUUGUCCCCGCGGAACCGUGGCCUCCUUCUGCAGAAGUGACCGCUACCGUGACCUGUAACACACACAUGCAUCCAGGUCUGCACAGGUUUCUGCCCUGCGUGGUCUCGCUGCUGUCCUUAAGGCUGAGGUAG